AUGGUUAAAAUAAUAAUAAUAAUAAUAAUAGAUUUUUUACAUUGCAGCUUUGGUAAUUCCUUUGAGAGCAAAGGAGUUGUGAACAUUUGUGUUACAAAAGGUACUAAGGAUGGGAAAAGGAGAAAAGCACAAGUUAGGUACAUCCAAAAAGUGCUCUGCAUACACAAGCUUGUAGGUUACUGUAUUUCAAACCUGAAUGAGGGCAAUUCUUUCUCAGCAGGAACCAUCUUGAAAUUGGCAGAGCUUCAUGGCAUUCCUCCCCUCAGUGGAGUGGAAAAGCAAGAACAAACAAUGCUGUCAAAAGUGCUAUAA